CCUCGUCGAUGGCGGCGGAGAUCGGUGCCUAAGUUUUACAUUACUUGAGACUUCGAAGAUUUUUCUAAUGGCGGAGGUUGAGAAGAAGGAGGUUGCCGCCGCGACUCCUCCAUGGAAGCCGAAACCGAGACCAAUUGUGCGCCUAGGGAUCGUCCUCAUCUCGCAUAGCCUUCUGGUUAGUGUUGUUUGCUGUACUGCUGGGGUUGUAGCGCUAUUCUUGCUGCCUAUGCUCGCCAAGAACACUUACAUUUCCGAAAAUGCGCUCAUGCCAGGUUCUGCGAGUAGUAUGCUCUCUAACGACGACAUUUCCGAAGCAGAACGAUUGGCUAAGGAUCUAACUAGCUUAAAUUCUGGAGCUGCGGAUGCAGGCAUAGAAAGGAGAAGGGUACUAGCAAAAUAUUUAUCGGACUUGGGAGUUGAAGUAGGUUAUCAUAAGUUCGAGCCGCACCAGAAUCAGUUUCAUCCUCUGCACUUCUUCUCCAGUCCUGAUUCUGGGCUAUCACGGGAGAACGGUAGCUGUUCAUCGUAUGGUAUAAAUGUUGUCGGAAUCAUAAGGGCACCACAAGCUGAUGGCAAAGAAGCUAUUGUAUUGGUAACACCUUUCAAUUUCAGAAAGAACAGUUCAUCUGAAGCUUUAUCCAUUAGCAUUGGAUAUGCAGUCUUCUCAUUGCUAAGUCGAGUUACAUGGCUGGCCAAGGAUAUCAUUUGGCUUGUUGCAGACUCACAGUAUGGAGAAUAUGCCUCUGUUGCUUCUUGGCUGAGAGACUAUCACAUACCCGUAUUUUCUGCUUCAUCUUCGCACAAUGCUGAUUCAUGUUUUGAAGGAAACAACAUUAAUUUAUUAAGAGAGGAAUCUCUUGAUCGAACGGAGAUAUCUAGUGGGUUUAGGCGUGCUGGGACUAUGGCUGCUGCCUUAGUUUUAAAGGUCACUGAUGUAAAAGGGCAGUUGGAGGACACUCUCAGUGUCUAUGCUGAGGCUUCCAAUGGGCAGAUGCCAAACCUAGAUCUUAUCAAUGUUGUGAAUUAUUUAGCUGUACAUCGACAAGGAUUGCGCGUCAAAGUUGAGAAAUUUCUCUCUGUUCUUAGAUGGGAAUGGAUUUGGGUGUUGGGAGAUACGCUUAACUUUAUUGGUAAAGUCGCAGGAAGCUUAAAUCCAGAAUGGAAAUUUGGUAUUUCAACACCGGACUACGUUGAGGGCACCGCUACACUUGCAAAUUCAUUAUAUCGCCAGGCACUUGGGAUCCCGACAGGUCCACAUGGAGCUUUCCGUGAUUUCCAGGUUGAUGCCAUAACUUUGGAGAUUUCGCCCAAGGUUGUUUACACAAACCAGGGCAGACGUAAUGAGUUUAUUCUGCGUAGUGCACGGUUGAUUGAAGGAGUUGUGCGUUCGGUCAACAAUCUUCUCGAGAAGUUCCAUCAAUCAUUCUUCCUCUACCUCUUGACCUCUCCUGCUAAAUUUGUCUCAGUUGGAGUCUACAUGAUUGGUUUUGCUCUCCUUGUGGCACCACUGCCGCUUGUUGCUGCUUCCCUGUAUGUUGAUGCCAAUAAGCCAGACCCUAGCUCCCAAGGUCCCAAACAUAAGCUUCAAAUUAAUUUCAAACCAUGGAAAUGGCUGAGUGCAGCAAAACAAGUAUUCACUGUUCAUGCAUGGGGUGUAUUUGUCUCACUCCUACCCUAUUUCAUCUCUCAAAUACCCAAUUCCACUCCAGCAGCCCACUCCAUCAUCUGGUUCUCUCUCUCAACAUUCGGACUCCUGGUCCUAUAUCUCAUUACAAAAUCUCAUUCUAAACCUCAGAAGGGUGAAUGGGAGAACCUGAAAUCAGUGACCAUAUCAGUGGUGUUCAUUGGCUUGCUUCUAAUGUCUGUUGUCAACUUUGCCACAGCACAGAUCGGGGCAUUGGUAUUAGUUCCUGCUUGUUUGCUUGCCCAGCCUCUGAAGCUCGACAUAAGAGAUGCGAGCUUGAAGAGUUUCUUGAGGAUUGCUUGCAACGUGUUCAUCAGUUUCGUCGCUUUCCCUCCUGUGGGAUUUUUCGUCUUGAAAGGUGUCAACGAAGGCUUUGGUGAUAUGGACGUUGGGGAGUUUUGGACCUGGCUGGAGUCCCUUUGGGCGUGGAACAGUGCUACCUACAUCUACAUAGGUAUGGUUCAUCUCCCGUGUUGGGUUUUAUGCUUGCACAUUUUGCUUCAUUCCUGUUGAUCAAAAACUGAUACAUAGAUAACAUGGACCGACCUUCCUGUAGUUUGGUGAUGAUGAUGUAUGCAUUGACUCUCUUUUCUUGAUUUUAAUACAAUCUUCCCGAUUAGAACAAUGGAAAGUUGGCUUUCGUAUAUUUGGUGAUGAAUGAUUGGGGCAACCAACUUGAUCAUUGGACGGUAUCAAAUGAUCAUUGGUCUAGCAGUAGUAGUGAGUAGUGACAACAUGGUGACCUUGAGUCAUAACCCACGAAACAAGGCCACCUGAACUUCAUCAACAAACUUGAGCUGGCAAAAUCUUGUUCAACUCUUUGUUUUCCAUCUGGUAAGAAGCCACGUUAUGGUUG